GACUCAUUCAUCCCAUUGUCUUGAAUUCAAUCUAAAUCGCAAAAAAAUACUUUCAAUUUAAUUAAUUAAACUGUAAUACUUUGUUUGAAUUAGUGCCUAAGUAAAGGGUAAUUAAUUACAGUAAGUUUGUAGUGUCAAUCCCUCCUACAUUUGUAUUUAUUACAUACCACUAACUACCUCCUUUUAUGACAUAAAAAUUUAAGAUAUUUUAUCGAGUUCUAACAAAGUUUAUCUCAACUCAAAAUGAGCAGGUGUGAUUUUAAAAUAGUGCUUCUAGGCAGUGAACAUGUUGGUAAAACCAGUUUAGUGCUCCGAUUCGUCAACUGCCGAUUUAACCAUGGGAUACCGUAUCAAAACACAAUUGGAGCUGCUUUUUGUGCGAAGACUCUUCAAUCCAAUGGCAAAGACUUCACAGUGGGCAUAUGGGACACAGCUGGCAGCGAAAGGUACGAGGCGAUGACGCGCAUGUACUACCGCGGCGCGCACGCGGCCAUCGUGUGCUACGAGCCGGGCAGCCUCGCCUCCUGGACCCGGACCAGAUACUGGCUGCAGGAGCUCAAGACUGUUGAAGAGAACUGCAAGAUCUACCUGUGCGGCACGAAGCGAGAUCUCCUCGACUCGGGAGCCGUCACUCGCGCGGUGGACGAGGACAUCGUGGCGACGUACUGCCAGGAGCUGCACGGACACUUCCUCACGUCCAGCAAGACCGGCGAGAGCGUGGACGAGCUCUUCCAGAAGAUAGUGGACGACUGCGCAGCGGAUCUCCACCUCAUGCGGGCGGUAGAAGACCAGAGACUACAGCUGCAGAAGGAAGAACUAGCGUAUAAGAGCAAAAACAAAGAGUAUUGUCUAUGUUGACAGUCACCCUUAGAAUACGGAGUCACUGUUUUAAGAACAAAAACAAAGUAUUGUCUAUGACAUGUUGACACUCGCCCUUAGAAUACGGAGUCACUGUUUUAAGGAUGUCUAUUUGAUGAUACAGCCAUGGUCUUGUGUACUAAGUACCUACCACAUAUUAUUUUGAUGUCCGAAUGGUGUAUUGGUUAGUGACCCUGACUGCAAUGCCGAAAGUCCCGGGUUCUAUAUUUGUUUAAAUUCAGGUAUUUGUACUCGGGUGUUGGGUGUAAUAUGUAGGUCUAUGUAGCUGUGUAGAUAUAUCAGCGGUCUGAUAUCCAUAUAUUACAGGCUCUGCCUAGUUUGGGGUCGGAUGGCCGUGUAUGAGAUGUCGCCACAUAUUCGCCCGCGACCUAAUAAAAUGACACAAUAUACAAUUUAACUUUUAAUAUCGCUUAAAUUAAUUUAUUAUCAUGAGCUUUGUACCUGUAUUUGUAAUGAAGUUAUGUAUAAGGAUAUGAACAAAUCUAUAAAGAAUUAGGUAUACGUAAGUUGAGAGUAGAGACGUAUUGUAUUUUUGUACCUACUAGGUAUUAUUGGGAGUUUUUACUGCAUUCUUAGGUUAAUCUUCCAAAAUAUUUAUUUGAUCUCGCUUUUCGUAGAUACCUUAUAGCUUAAAAGUUUUUACUUUAAAUAAUAAAAUAAACGAUUUGUAAA